AUGGCCCUUAGUCCAUUGGACCAGCACAUUCGGAUCCACGCGGCGCUUGAGUCGUGGAUUGCCAUGCUUGGGGUGCCACCUGACCAUCGGAAUGAGUCCGAAUCUCCAGGUGUGGCUCAGUGUUCAUGGGCUCAGGAAUGGGCCGAUGAACUAACUCAGCAGUGGGAGCAGACUCAAGACGUAGCUAAGGAACACUUACCCGCAACGCAAGCAGGCAUCGAUGCAUCGAAUGCAGCCGGCAUUUAUGCAUCUUCAUGCUUGGUGGGCGGAGUUGCUGUGGUCAAAGCAUCUCCUCGCCCAUCAUGUGCUCCGAACCUAGCUUCAGGUAGUGUCCAAGCUGACUCACAAGAAGACAGUAUGGAAGACACGCUUGUUGAUGACUCGCAGCUCAAGUUUGCAGACGUACACGCCUUUGAGGGUGCCUUGGAGGAUUGGAAAGCCAAGGUCCGAGAAGUGUCUGCUGAUUAUCGUACGUCCCUGUGCGUGACAUUCAACCCCCAGAUCAGCAGUGCUCGCGCUUUUCAUGACCUAGUUGAGUCGCUUGGGAUUAGCAUCAUCGCACAGCCGAAGAGCGAUGAUGAGCCUGUGCCUCGCCAGUACCCAAGGGCAACUGUGGCUGGCGACACAGCUCAACCUGCAUUGAUUGUGAUCUUCAAGCCUGCUCCAGGCGAACAGAAAGUUACUCUACAGGCAAACCUCAGGCUCAAGACCUUGUGUGCCAAAGGUCGCAGAGGUGCCGUCGAGGCCCACAUCGAAAAAAUGUUGGCCUACUUCGGCGCAGUCGUGAAAGUCACCAGCAGCGCGCCUGCCGCUGGGAAGAAGACUCACGUAAAGAGAGCGGCAGGGCAGACGCAUCUUGACAUCCGCACACUUGGGAGAAUAUCGUGGCUCUCUGGGGAAGUUUGGGAUGAAGCGUUGUUGAAGAUUUCGAUGCCCCUGCAAACUUUGGAGGAAGCGAUCGCUGACACCUUGUUGUGUGUUGAUCUCCGACCCACACAGUUUGGAGGGACGAUCUCCAAGAAACUGCGCCGAAGCAUCCUUGAUUCCGCAGCUUGGGCGAGAGAUGUCCUUGUAGUCAUGGCUGGUCACAUGGCCGGGGCAGUGAAGGUCCGAGGAGCUCGUCGUGCUGUGAGUGCAACACUUUCCCCCUUUGAUUAUGCAACACAGGAGGAGUUUAAAGAGGCAGUCAAAGAAGCGUCUGCGCGGGAGCAGUUCCGGGCCGUGCAUUCUUACGCUCAAUUGCGGCAGCGGGAUCGUGGUGCUUCGGAGAAGUUUUUGUCUUCUUUCUUUAAUAAAGAAAGUCAUUUUCGCAUCAGCUUGCUUGAUCAAGACACUGGGCAGAGUCUUUCUGAAGAAGACAUGCUGUCGGCUCUUGUAGAAGAUAUGAUGGCGCGAGCUGCUAAUGAUUUCCCUGCAGAUAGUGAUGUGCUAAGGCAGGUUGACGCUGAUGUUGCUGAAGUGCGCCGCCAAGGAGGCUUCAACUCCAACAGCUUGGAUGCCUCUCGCAUAGCACCUGAUGAUGUGCAAAAUGAACUCUACACCGAGGCUGAACUGGUCUUUGUUCUAGGUUGUGGCAUAGCCCAGGGUCGCCGCUUUAGUGUGCAUGUUUUCAACUGCCUGCUAUCUGGGCUGCGGGACGAAGUUCGCCGUGUGCUCCCGUAUGGCGUGUGCGCUUGGCUCCCUAAGAAUGUCAUGAGAGCUGUGUCCAAUGUUGAUCUAACUGACCCAAGCUCGGACUUCGUUUCAAAGCCACAGAUGGGAACUCUGCAGCCCAUCUUGGAAAGACUACAAGACGAAGCGCUGCCGCCACACCAGCAGACUCGCGAGGUGCAGGAGGUUCUGGAAUCAUUACCUAGUUUUGCGGACAGGUGUGCUUUGCUUGACGCCCUCGGCUCCUGCCCAGUUGAGCCUUUGCAGUAUGUGGAUGACACUACCGUUCCCUGCUCCUCUCCUGGUGCAAUUAGAUAUGUGGUCAACAAGUCAGCUUCUUCAGCUUGCGCACGGUAUGCGGCUCGCACCAAGUCGCAGUUUCAUUAUGGCAGCAAUAAGACCUGUGCCAUGGCUCUCUUAAAUAGCCCGCCCCUUGAGCCCUGCUCCUUGGAUUGCGAAGUUGUAUCGCAAAAAACAAUCCUCGGGGUUUUGUUUGAUCAGGACCUGACCUUCGAACCCUUGUUGCGCGCAACCUUGGCAAGGGCUUGGUCCAUGUUCGUGGAUUUGUUUCACACGGCUGAAACUGGUGGUUUUUCAGUCCCGGUUUUGGUUUCCCAAGUCAUCAUCAGGUUGCACCCAGUGAUUUUAUGUGUUGCAGCUUUCAUUGCUCUGGUACCUGGCGUACUGGGCAAGUUGAACCAGCUACAGUGGCGCUGGGGCAAGACGAUCCUUGGAUGUAGAUACCAGCGCGAGCUUCGAUAUCAUUUGGUGGUGGCCCAGUGUGGCUGGGACAUGAGACUUGGAACUUGUUUGCUCCUCGAGCUGGUCAUGAUGAGUGCUAGGAUUUUGCUUCUUCCUACAGAUCACCCCACAGCGAGACUCGCAGCAUGUCUGCAAGCUGCACCCUGCGUUUCUUGGUUCACGCAGGUGAAUGCCCUUAUCCGGGAAGCUUCUCUGCACCGAGCGCUACCAACACUGUUAGACUGCGGCAUCUUCACAUGCCAGGAAAUCAAUGCAGCUAGAACUGAUACUGUCCUACGUAAAAAGAUCUUACACAGGUAUCGUCAUGAAGUUGUCGGGCCAAUCUUGUUGGAGCAUGACAGAAGGCAUCUUGCCGAGUGCCUGUCCUACGACAUUCCAGUCUUUGGAUGCUCACUGGCAGCUUUGGGCUUCUACACUCUGAAGCUGGAUUGGGAAAUCUUUCAUUUGGAAACCCCGAAUACCAUGUGGUUCAAUUUCCGAGCUUGGAGCUUAGUCCGCAUCACGGCAAGGUGGCCUCUGCCGCUUUUGGGUUUCAAAGACUUUCCGCUACACUUGACAUGCCCAGCUUGUGGGGAGCCGGAGGCUUCUAUCGUGCAUCUGUUGUGCGAGUGCGCAGCCACACGGGAAUCCUUUGCAUCUUUCUGCAAUGAGGCCCCUGGCUGUCUGAACAGGCCCACAGCCUUCCUGCGCGCACUGUUUGGCACAGCAGAGAUGUGGCUCGAAUCUCAGAACUACGUGGGCACGUGUCUUCGACUGGCUUUUUUCUGA